AUCGGCGUUCACUGCGGAUAGCAAUCGAUCGACCAAUGAAACAGCGAUUAAAUAGAGAAAGAGAGAAUACCAUAAGAACCGAUUACUUCUGAUGGCUUCGUUUUCGAUCGUUGCCAGCCCACCAUCGUCAUAAUCAUCAUUGAUGGCAACGACGAUCGGUCGGGGACUUCGAAUCUAAUGAGGAUUGUGGUAGUGCUUAGUGCAUAUUUGGAAGAUGACCCAAAAGGAAGUGUUGCUCGCUGCCGUCGUAGUUAUUCUUCUAGUCACCGGGAUCGGUUUGGCAUCCGGGGACGACCUUUUUGGGUACAAGGAGGAUCCAGAAGACAAUCCUUCUCGAAUUAAUACCGAGGGUCGAGCUCCUAUCUACAUUCCGAACCAUUGCGGCGAAAACGAAAUCCUUUAUCCAGGGGACCGAGGCAAUGAUUGGGUCUGCGACUGCCGCCCAGCGCACGUUUACCAUCCUGCCACGCGUUCUUGCUUUCCGCUGUACACCAAAGCCUACUGCGAAAGUGGACAGUAUGUUGAAAUACCGAGCGGUGCUAAGUUGCCCCAGUGCACCGACAAUAUUUGCAAGGAGAGAGAAGUUCCGUACAAUGGAAAGUGCGUCUUGUUGAACAAAAACAACGAGGGAACCUGUCCAACGGUUCAGCGAAUUCGAUAUGUGAUCGGUGUCAACGAAACCACCCUGCAGCUAGGCUGUAUCGCUCAUGGUCCGAUUGACCUGAAGCGAGCCACGUCACAACGUGGAGACUACACCACUAUUGGCGAGCAGACGAUUCUAACCAAUGAGGGAACGAUACUAUUCCUGGCGGCGGUUAAGUGUGCCCCGGGAUCAGCUGCCCGGUUUAAUGGGACUUGUUCCGAGUGAUUUUUAAAAUUAAUUUGAUUGCCGUGGGCCUGGUUUGGUGUGGUGUAUGUCGUACUUCCUGACAAAUGAAGUCGUGGUCAUAGAAUUAUGGUAAACUAUCAAUAAAGCUAUAACUGAGCAAAUGAUCCAGACUA